AUGCCGAAAAAAAGACUGUAACACCAGCUCCGGCAACAGUUGUACGUGUGGAGCCUAAGGUUACGAAAACUGUUACCACCAUGAAUGGCAUUCAACCAAGGACGUUUUCUGCAUCAAAAACUGUGAACGAGCAGUUGCGUAAAACUCAGCUGGAUCUUAAUCAAAAGGAGAAAGAACCGUCUUUACCUCAAGAUGGAGCAUCAAAAAUUCCUGUCCAGAGUCAGCCAUUAUCGUUUAAAAGGGAAGACGCUCCUUCUCAUGAGGUUGAGAAACGUUCCUCACGAUCACAAGGAGUUUCCGAAAUAGAAGCAGGGUUUUUGGCAGAAAUGGAUAAGGUGAAGAAAAUCGCUGAUGAUAUUGAUGGAUUUAUGCAUAUUAUCGAGAUAGAUUCUCUUGGAUCCGGUUUAACAAGGUCUGGAGUAGACAAGCUGGAAAGCGAAAUUAUAGCCGUUUCAGCGCGAUGCCGUAGUUUUAAGCAAAAACUGCAAGAGCAUUGUGAGUUUGUUGAAGAGCUUCGGGAUCAAAGCCUUGAUGUUGACGCAUGGAGAAUUUACGUGGAAAGCCGAGUGGAACAAGCAUCUGAUAGCCGAUAUCAGGACCUCUGGGUUCACCGCAAGCUUCACCCGGAAAUGGACAUCAAGCGAAAGCACGUUAUCAAUGCAGAUGAGACAUUGAAAAGACAAAUUUCUGAUCUCGAGUCUCAUCUUCAUACACUUGAAAUAAGUCGACGCCAGAAUAUGUCUUCAAAACAGCGGUCUACUGCUGGAGACUUCCAAUCUGUUCAAAAUCUCUACAGCACAGUAAACUUUCAAAUGGAAGCAGCUGAUAAGCUAUGUGUGCAUCUCGCGGACUUGAUGGAAUCGAUGAAUAUAUCGUCAAGCGUUACUUCCUUAAGGCCACGGAAAAUGCAGUCGUCUUUAUUGCAGACAAAGCCACCGCAGACUAAAACCGAGAGUGUUUUUUCUACGCCAUCCAAGUCUAUCUUGAGUGAUGACUUCGCGCCGGCGGAAAGCACAAGAAGGCGAAGAGAUUCCUUGGAUAGCGGUAUUGGAGCAACGAAAACCACGAUCAAAAGGAUGGUUGGGGUGGUCAAUAACCGGAAGGCUAAACUGCUUGAAUCAACCUCCAAUGCUCUUCAAACGAUGAAGCCGCAGUCAACUUUGAAGCAGCCAAGUGUUACAGAAGAGAAAAUUCUCGUACUAGCACCUGCAGCGACAUCUUUGGAUACGACCAGGCCUUCGUUUUCUUCCAGGACGGAUAUCGUUUCACAGAGUUCUUCGCCUCCUUUUGGUGACGGGGGUUUAAGAUCGCAGCCGUUACCGCCGUCCUCUAGUGCUUUAGCACUCAAGGUUCCCGACAUGUCAAGAGCUUCUACGAAUGUUAUUCGUCCCGCGUCAGCUUUUAUCGCCCCGGCCUCAAUCACGAAAACGUCAAGCAUGACCACUCAAGCGACACCACCAUCAGCGUGGCUACCAUCUUUGGAGUUGAAGGCUGCACCGGCUGUUGUGUCCUUCGGACCUUUGGAAGUGAAAGCUACAUCUUCCACAGUGCAGGCUACACCAGCAACUUCCACAUCUUUGGAGCUGAAGCGUACCACAUCUCCCACAUCUUCGGAUCUGAAAGCAACAUCGAUCACAUCAUCUCCGACGUUCAGUGUUUCUACAAGGUUAGGCGCUCCGUUACCGUCAUUAUUCCAGCAGUUGGAGUCGAAGCCAUCGACCAGUGAACAAGCGCAGUCACAACCGAAGAUUUCCACUGCACCUAUAGCAGCGACAUGUAGCGUCUCCAGCGGUUCCUCCCAGUUGGUUGUAAGCUCGUCGACCUCGGCUACUCUUCUACCUGCAGCUCCACGUACUACAUCAUUAGUGAAGCCCUUAGCUUUCAGCUUCCCGGUAUCAUCGUCUCCCGCUACUGCAUUAUCGUUUGCAUCGUCCUCAGCCGCUACGUCCACGCUGAGCAUGAUGUCGGCCACAACAAAAGUCCCUUCCAGCGGUUACAGCAGCUCGCCGCCACAAUCUACUAGUCAGCUGACUGUUUCCUCUAGUCCGCCAUCUACGACUUCGAAGCCCGAUAUAUUCGCGUCACCUUUUCCAAACGUUCCGGCGGCCAGCGGCCCUUCUCCAGUUUCUUCGCCUUUUCCGGCUUUGCUUCAAUCGCAGCAGCAGCAGACUACUCAAGCCGUGCGACCACCACCGGAUGAAGAUGACAUGGACGAAGAGGCCCCCUCGAGUGCAUUCUCGGGCUUUGGUAAUCUCGGCCUGGGCUCGGCGUUGCCUUCAGCGCCAACCGGGAAUCCAUUUGGCGUAACGCCGAGUCCGCAGGCCACCCCGUUCGGAGGACUGAGCGCACCACCACCUGGUCAGCUGUUCAGGCCGGCUGCAUUUUCCUUGAGCUCUCCGGGAACAGGCUUUACGUCAUCGCCAGAAGGCGGUGCGUUCUCCAACCGGCCUGCCGCGGCUCCUAGUGGAUUUGGUCAGGCUCCUUCGAGCGGUUUCGGACAGCCUGCUGGGAGCGCGCUGGGCAGUGCACUGGGUGCAUUCGGACAGACGAGACAAGUGGGAUUUGGUGGUCCAGUGUCGGGUGCAGCUGGUUUCGCAAGUGCUUCGCCGGGUGGUGGUUUCGCUUCUGCGGCAACCGGUGGUGGUUUUGCCAGUGCUACGUCGGGUGCUGGUUUUGCGGCCGCGGCAUCGGGUGGUGGCUUUGCCGGUGCAGCAACAGGUAGUGGAUUUCAAGCGCUUGGUCAGAACAUUAGCAGCGGAGGCUUUGGGGGCUUUGCUGGAAGUAAUGCGGCGACACCUGGAUUUGGCUCUGUACAACCGCCUGGUGGAUUUCUCCCGGGUGCUGCGCAACCGCCGAAUAAUCCACUUUUCACAGCGAUGAGAAAGUGAUGUCGUUAAGCAAGGUUGUAGCUUUUGUUUUUACGAGCAUUCGUUGGAGAUUUUCCAGCUGACACAAGGUAUAUUCCUCUUUUUUCUUCCGUAACGCACACUAGCCAGUCGAAAGAGGUUCCUUUUGUUUGUUUUCUCCUCUAGUCGCUUGAAGAAAUGUGUUAGCGAUUUUUUUUAAACAUGCAGGAAAUGGUAUUUGUGUGAUCCA